AUGAUUAGUCGUAAAUCGCGUAAAAAUAGUAAAUCUGUCAGUUCCAAUUCAAAAAGUAAAAAAAAAUUAUCUUCACCUAAAGAAAUCAAUAAAGAAAUCAAUAAAGAAAUCAAUAAAGAAAUCAAUAAAGAAAUCAAUAAAGAGAUUAUUAAAGAGAUCAAUCAAGAGAUUACACCCAUAACAAAUGUAACAACUCUUGUUGAAUCACCAAAACCGAUCACACCAAUUGAAGAGGAUCCACCUAACGAUAUACCUGUUGAUGUACCUAUUAUUAAAGAGACUGAACCUAAUUUAUCCCCAAUCCUUACUACACCAAAGAUUGCAAAAAUUCCAACUCCAAUCAUUCCUCGGCAAACACUCUCAAAAACAAUCAAUGAUGGUCUUUCUCUUCUUUCUAAACCUAUCAGCAUGAUCGACAUUCCUGUAGAAAUAUUUAGUUAUAUAUGCGCGAAUCUGCCGCCCGAUGAUUUAUUAUCUCUAGUUUUGGUUUGUCAAACAUUCAGGAGGUUGUUAUGCAAUCCUGUCUCACCGGUUUCUCAGUCGAUCUGGAGAACCUCUCGUGAAAAUUUCUUACCUCACCUUCAAUUACCUCCUCCACUUGGCAUGGAUGAAAAACAAUAUAUCGUACUUAGACAAUUAAGGAAAGGUUGUCAAUUUUGUCAAGAACGUGAAACUGGUUUCGUUAAAGUUUAUUGGCAAUUCAGAGUAAGAUGUUGUGAAAUGUGCCUUGAUGAACGAACUACUAGACGUGACACACUCUAUAUUAAUUGGUGUGUUCCAGAUGAAGUACUUAGUACCCUACCUUUUAUUUUUCGUGGUGCAUCUCAAGUUUAUUGGACAAAAGAUGUUAUUGCCACUAUGCAUGAAUAUUCAAACAUCAGUGAUGAUGAUUUACUAAAUUGGAUUGAUCAGCGUCGAACAAUAGCGAAUAACAUAAUGAAUGUGACUCCAGAUUAUGAACGUGAAGAAAAUGAUGAACUGCAAUCAAUUCCUUCUCAAUUUAACACUGCUAUACCUUUUAAUCGUUCUCAUUUUAUGUUUACUCCUCAUCAGCAAUUUUAUUCUCAAUUUUUUCCACGUGUUAACCGACAACCUAUUACUCAUUAUCCAUUAGGUCUAAUCCCUCAAUCUCGUAACUUUUAA